AUGCCAAAGUAUACAUUACACUACUUUAAUGGCCGAGCAUUGGGUGAGGGUCCCCGUCUGCUGUUCGCCUAUGGAGGUCAGGAGUUCGAGGAUGUUCGCUAUACUGUGCAAACAUGGCCUGCCUUCAAACCAAAAACUCUGUUUGGUUCCGUGCCAGUACUAUUUAUAGACGAUAAGCAAUAUGCACAGAGCCUGGCCAUCAGCCGUUACUUGGGAAAGAAGUAUGGACUUGUUGGUGACAAUGAUGAGGAGAAUUUGGAGAUCGACCAGAACGUUGACUUUGUCAAUGACAUCCGCGCCAAGGCAGCCAUUGUUCAAUACGAAAAAGACGAAGCUGUCAAGGAAAAGAAGCACAAAGACAAUUCAGAGAAUGUAUAUCCUGGCUACUUCGCUAAACUGAAUGCAAUUAUUGAGCAGAAUAAUGGACAUAUCGCUGCUGGAAAGCUAACGUGGGGUGAUUUUUGGGUCGCCGGCAUCAUCGAUUACAUAAAGGCUAUGGUGCGGAUACCAGAUUUUGAGGAGAAGUAUCCUGCCAUCAAAACACUCGUUAACAAAGUGUACUCAAUCCCCAAAGUGAAGGCAUUUGCUAAUGCUGCCUCACUUUCUGGAGACUAUUGA